AGAGACUGAUUGAUUACUGGGCAAACGCUAAUGUUACGAAAACACUGUUAUUGACAAAUUAGCAAAAUUAACUAGUUAGCAAUGCGAUAUUAGUUAGCUAACACUACCUUGCUAAGAUACCGACUAGCUAAUAUUUGUGUAACUUAUAAAAUAUUAUCUCAAUAUUAAUAUGAUCUAUUAAUAUGAUCUACCGCACGGCUGCCCCUGUCGCUUUAAAUCGUUGCCAUGGAGAAGCAUUUGGUUGGUCUCUGCGUCAUCAAGCUGCGUGUGUGUGCUGCCGAGCCUAAGAACGGUUGACUAAAAGAGUCCAGCCAAGUCUGCAAGCAAAGUGGUGGACAGCAUUACAUUACUGCAUAAACACCCACCAUCCACCUGAGUUUUCAUGAUGGCUGCUGCCAAAGAAUUCUGACUGCACAGAUGUGCAGUCAUGUCUGAAGGACUAUCUAUGAUCUCUGGUCCCAUUCCACCAGAUCCAACACUUUUCCCUGAGUGCUACAUACGACCUACCUCUGCUCGGGGUCACCUGGAAGGAAAUUCUAAAGUUAAAUGUUCAACCUUGCUGAAUGGACCCUUAGCUCCAGAUCCUGCAUUGUACCCUGAGUGUUAUAGUGCCCAUGCUCCUCGUCCUCCUUGUGUUGGCCCUAACGCAAUACAUAUUCUUGAAAGAAACCUGAAAGGAGAGGUGGGAGCCAUCCUUAAACUACAGGGUAUCUUACUGAACCCCACCCCCAUUCAACAAAAACCUGCAGUUCGUGAUUACAACAAAGAGAAUGUGCGCAGACUGAGGGAGAUCCAGAAACAGUUCCAUGAACAAAAGGCACAGAAAGAGCGUGCAAAACCGGUGCCUGUUAAAGCCCUGCAGACCUCUCACAAAUACAAGCACGUCCCCUCUAGGGUCAUGGCCCAUUUACAAGAGAAAAACCAACCAAAGAAGCCAGAGUGCCAGAACUUUCUGAAGGCUCACUCUCUCUGUGGUUCUGGUGGUCAGCCUCAGUCUCGUCAGUCUCUUUCUGGAGUGAGCCCAAACUCUCACAUAGAAGACUCAGAUUCUGAGGUCCAAGUGAGAAGACACAAGGUCAACUUUGUGUUGCAUAAUGCUCAUGCUGCAGGAAAAACCACACUGAGGUCUCAGUCUCUACAGAACCAGUGUGACAAGCCACUAAGUGCAUUAAAGGGCUGUGUGCCAAAGUAUUUGGAGGAAAGAAAGAAGCAGUGGCACCGAGAGGCAGAGGAAAGGAAACAGAACAUACCUGAUCCUUCCAUACCUGCUGGACACACUCAGAUGUCAGAUAGAGAGAGACAGGAAACUUUCCAGUCCCUCAAAGAAACCCACAGGUCUCUAGUGAGUGAGCUGCUCUGUCUACCAGUUAGGGCUGAUACACUAAGUGUGCGUUCUCGACGUGAAGAGCUUGACCGCCGUCUCUCUGAAAUCGAGGAGGCCAUCAAGAUAUUCUCCCGCAAUAAAGUCUAUAUCAGAAAUGACUCCCGACCAUGACUCCUGUGACCAUGCCAAACCUUUGUUAUUUGUCCAUCUUGAGCAUAGCCUACUUCAUGCUGCCAAUUUUGUCUUGUCUAAUUUAUACCAGUUUGCCAGGGCAUCCCAGCUAGGAUGUAUUCCUCAGCACACUUCUAAAAAGAAAAUCACGCCCACAGAAAGACAUUAUGAUCUUGGCAACAGGGAGCUGCUAGCAAUAAAACUGGCACAGAAAAGAGUGACGAUGUUGACUGAAGGGAAAUGAACACCCUCUUCACACCUUGUUUGAACCUUGUAUAGGUGACAUUACUAGGACAACUUUUUUUCAUUUCAGAAACAUUACUAAAUAAAGAAAUAUAAUAUUGGUACACAAUGUGGAAAAACUAGUUAAUGCUUUUGUUACCUCUAAGGUGGUCCCGAUUUUUCCACACUCCAAGUAAAAUUUGGAAUUGAUUUCAAAAUUCUAAUGAUAUAUAAUCUAUAAAGCACUAAUGAUCUACUCCCACAGUACUUCAGAGAAUUAUGAUCUAUCACACUUGAUUCAACUGCAGGUUUUUUAGUAAUAUCUAGAAUAAUGAAAAGUGCAAUAGGGGGCAGAGCUUUUUCCAUCACAGAAAGUUUUGAUAAACUGGGAUGUUUUGAUGUUGUCAGCCCACUCUCUGUUUGUUGACAGUGUAGUAAUGGGGCACUUUAUCUCUCAGGGUGCCCUUGUGCCUGUGUUACCUACUGACUUUCCCUUUUAGUUAUGUGUCAGACCUUGACCUGCCAGAGUCCCUACUUACUAAAGAAUAAGAGCAUACCUAAUAAGCAUACCUCUUCUACAGGUAUAUACUGUUGUUAUGUGUCAGUGUGCUUGCAUUUGUGUGCUCCCUCUCUGCUCCUUUUUCCACUGUUUGUUUGGUGUAUAGCUGGAUCCCUGUGGCAAUCACCAUUAACUGGUUGACAAAACUUGACCAAUGGGAAGGCAAGAACUCAACCAAAAGAGUUGGAGCUAUCGGUUUAAAAGCAGCACAUUGACAAAUACAGCCUAGUGUGGUCCAUUUUUUGUUAUGUUCAUUCCUUUGGCUCCAUACAUGUUCUCUCUCCUAAGUGAGACUAGUUUCCCUGUUGUCCUGGUUUCAUGAUUGUCCUGUUCUUACUGUCUGUAAAUGCCAGUCCUGCUGUUGUGUGUUGGAAAUAAAAGCUAUAACCAUA